AUGGAAGAAUUCGUUAUUAAUAAUAAUAUGUUAUACAAACUUGCUGUUAAUCACAAUGCAUUAUAUGAUAAUAAUCAACCUAAAAAUAAAAGCAAUGAUGCGAUUAAUUUUGAAGGUGCAAAUUAUGAAAAUACAAUAGAUCAGGAAUGGAGUUAUAUAGUGGAUGAUCAUGCGAUGAACGAAAUUGAAAAAUAUGGAAAGAAACAAGGCUUCAAGACAUGUUGUUAUUAUGUUGAGAAAUCCAAUAACUGUAUCCAGAGAUGUAUGUUAGUUUGUGAACAUUAUAGAAAGCCUGAGGCUACAAAAAGCAAGGAUUUAAAGAAGGAAACCACUUCUAAAUGCAUUGGGUGUACAUGGCAGAUAAAUCUUUUAUGCUCUGAAAAAAAUAAUCCUCAUAAAAUCGUAUACAUUACAAAAUUAGUUGAUGAAUACAUGAAUUAUGAUCUUGACCAUGAAUUGUAG